CAGCUGCCUGAGCUGGAGAAAAGAGACUGAUGUUAGACUAACUGGGGAUCAGAAUGCAGCCAAAUACACGUGAUGGCCAACAAAAGGGCGGCAUUGUCGAUACCUGGUGGUAUAGAUAUCUCCUACGGGGCGUCGGGACGCUGGGGGGAUUGUUGGCCAUAUUGUUUGGUUUGGUGGCUUGUAUCACUUUCACAGCAAUGUGCUUACUAGCAGGGGUACUUCAAAUGGUAGCUGGUUUUAUAGUGGUACUACUUGAGGCUCCAUGCUGUUGCCAGUUUGUGGAAUUUGCAGAUAAAAUCAGCUCAUUUUCAGAUAAACGACCUGCCUGGCAAAAAGCUGUUUUAUAUUGUCUACUAGGUCUGGUGCCUAUAGCAUCAUGUAUAGAAGCCUGGACAAUCUUAGGGGCUGGUCUUGUCUUUAUAUCAGGAGCUCUGUACGGAUUGAAAGCAAUCGGCAAAAAGGGUGACAGGGAAUCUAUGAUGGCGGUAGCGAGUGGAGCAGACAUGGAGAUGAAGGUCAAAUUAAUAGACAAAGAAGAGAAUUCAAAAUUACCCAACUCCGCAGUCCCGUGACAAAAUGUCUCAUUACUAAAAUUUCCAUGACAAUAUGCAUGUAUGGGCAUUCAGAUUUCAGGAUGAGGGAUCAUCCCCUCAAUGGAAAUAAUUCUGGAUUCCAGCCAAAAUCAGCAUCCACACAGAGGAUCAGAAGGGACACAUACCAUUGUUCAUUGGAAACUUUCAUAUAUCAAUCAUUACUUAUAAGAAAUAUUCAUAUACAUGCAUAUCAUUAUUCAUUGAUAAUCCAUAUAAAGGGAG